AUGAUGACGUGCCGUCUUCUGUGCUCCCUGUUGGUGCUCGCCCUGUGCUGCUGCCCGUCCGUGUGCGUGAAAACGAGUGAAGAUACAGCUGGUAAAUCUGGAAGUGAUCCCGUUUCACCAAAUUCUAAGCCAGAAGGACAAGAUGAUUUGAGGGAAUCGCUAAGUACAAUUCCUUCUCCACCAAAGAAAAACGAAGAAGGGAGAGGGACGGAAGAUUCACAAAAAAUGGAGACUCUUGCGUCACAUACAACGGCUACAGUAACCGAAACGCCACGGCCACCAAAUACUUCCCAUAAUACACAGGAUCAAGAUGAUGGGAAACCCACUACUGAAGAUGCAGGUAUUGAUAAGAGCAAUAUGUCAAAUGAACAAAAUGAGAAAGAAAAUGCACCAACUGCGACAACAACAACGACAACGACAAAGGCACCAAGUACCACCACCACGACCACGACGACGACCAAUGCGCCAGAGGCACCAAGUACGACGACUACAGAGGCGCCAACCACGACGACCACCCGCACACCGUCACGUCUUCGCGAAGUCGACGGCAGCCUCAGCAGCUCUGCGUGUGUGUGUGCCCCGCUGCUGCUCGCCGUAUCCGCGCUGGCGUACACCGCUGUGGGCUGA